GGCGCGUCUGCGCGGUUUCUCCUGACGCUUUGAACACCGAGCGGCUGGUGGACCGACGUACGGACGCAGACCGGGAUGAUGGAGACGAGGUAACUGAGGCGGGGCCAGCGGUGAGAAGACCCCCUCCCCCUGCCUCUCAUUGGUUUUCUAUACCAUGAACUCGGGCUCUGCCCAGGAUGUGGCGGUGGAGCAUUUCCUGCGUGACAUAGAGAGGCGGGGUCAGCGGCUGCACUGCGCUGUGAUUGGCUGCGAGGAGGCGCCCCUGCGUGGCGACAUGAACCUGCUGUACCGCAAGAGCCGACUGGACUGGAGACACCGAGAUCAGGAGGGCAAGAAAAGCUGCAAAGAUGCCUCCUCAGCAACGGUGGGCAAGGUGCGUGACCUGGCAUCGUUCCGCCGUCAUUUCCGCAUGGGCUUCAUGACCAUGCCCGCUUCUCAGGACCUCUCGCCGCAUUCCUGUACGACCGCCAUGGCGCCACGCUCCCAGUCGUGUCACGCCGUGGGUGCCGGCGAGGGCGAGGGCCUGGAGAACGGCGACGACCCGGACUCGGACUCCCAGACGCCGUCUCACGGUGGAAGGUGCCCGCCGGCCAAGCCUAAACGCCACCCGAACACUCGGCUCAGCUCCAACUCCACCUCACAGCUGGAGCACCAAGCCCGGUGUGGACACGUGCCGCCUGAUGCCCCUCCGCCGAUGCCACCCCAUCACCCACCCAAGCAUUCUGAGAAGAAAAACUCAAUGAAAAAGUCUGACUCUGGUGAUUUACCUGGCAGGAAGGUUCCACCCCAAAAACCCAAGCGGAGCCCAAGCACCCAGCUUUCUUUCGACACUCAUCCCCAUCGACUUCAACCCCCAGCUACACCACUUCCGUUUCAGAGCGCCGAAACCGUCGGUGAUGACGAGCCAGUCUACAUUGAAAUGGUGGGUCAGGUGUUUACCCGUGAGACCCCCGGCGCACCAACACCCUCUGCCACUACACCCGACUCCGACUCGGAUCCAGGCGAGGAGGCCAUCUACGAGGAAAUGAAGUACCCAGUGGCUGACGAUGCCCACCAGCGGCGCCUCGCUCCCAAGCACGAGCGCUCAAAGUCGUCGAAAUCUUACUCAUCCUCCUCCGUCUCCUCCUCCUCCACAUCCUCAUCGCUCCCUCGACCCUCGUCCUCUUCACCUUCCUGCCCUUUGUCCUCUUCAAAACCUAAAUCUGCAGUUUCGGUCUCCCACUCUUCCCCGCUUCCUUCCUCUUCCUGCUCCGCCUCUUCCACUCCUGUCCCCCAGCCGCUCUCGGCCUCGCCGCACCCACCUCGCGCCCCUACUCCUUUUCUUCUUCCAGGAACCAAAUCGGAGUCUGAGAUCGGCUCCAGUAAGAUUCCGGCACCCUUCCCCAACUUGCUUCAACACAAGCCGCCCCUGCUAGCCUUUCCGCCCCCUAAGAGUGGCUCCUCCAAGCUGGACAGCAGCCAGUCGCCGUCCAGCCUUCCACCCUCUAUUGGUUCCUUUGGCUCCAAGGAGGACAAAAGUGCCGACAAAGACCGGGAGAAGGACAGAAAGGACGGACCAGCGCCUGGCCUUCGAGCCAGGAGUCACUCGACGCCUUUGCCUCCAUCGUCUAAAUCUUCCUCUCCUUAUUCACACCAUCAUCCCCAUCACCACCCUCAUCACCGGCCCUCGCACUACCACCACUACCGCAAGCCCGACAAGGAAGGCAAGUCAUUAUCGCACAGCACUUCACAAUCUUCAACACAGACUCAGACGCAGGCCAGAGAGGGCAAGUCUGUGAGUUUUCUUCUCAAGUCUGAUAAAUCCGACCGAGAAAGAGACCGGGAUAAAGAAAAGGACAGAGACCGGGACCGAGACCGAGAAAGAGACAGAGAGCGGGAAAAGGACAGGGACAGAAACCGAGACAGAGAUACGCCGGUAACACAGUCAAGUAGCCAGUCUGACAUGGCCUCCUCCAGCCUUCCUCCGGCGUCGACGUCGGCGACACCAUCCACAUCCUCGGCAUCACACAGGCCCCCAUCGCGCUCUGUCCAACGCUCACACACUCCACACACACACCUUCCAGCAUACAAACCCCAACCAGCAAACAGCCCCCUGCUCUGGACCUACCCGUCCACAGGAUUCCGCCGCCCGCCCGCCUACGAAAGCCUGCGUGCUGGCACGCCAAUGCCCUCCCUUCAGCCAGAAGGCCCCGUCAAGUCGGGGGGCACCCAGGUCCAACACGCCAAGGCCGGGUUUCUGCCCUGGGAUGCUACUGGGAGUGGGCUGGGCAUCGCUGAUGAUCAGACAUACUGGCCCAUGCACAGGAAGCUGUCCUUCAGCCACGGCAGCAGAGAGACUGAAAAGGAAGACAGGCGCGUGUGGAACGGCAGCACUGACGCUUUGCUGAAGAGAGACCGCGAGGAAAUCGGGGGCAGCGUACGAGCUGGGGGACAUUCUGGCAUCCCUGUGCGGGCGUCUGGAAGGAUGGGGCAUAGCGAGAGCCUGGCAGGGGCGGAUGGACCUCCCGGGUUCAGGGGGAUGCCCCGUGCCGGACUGCCCCUGCCGUGCCAGACCUUUCCGGCUUGCCGUAAUGGAGAGCUUGGCCGACUGGGUAGAUCCUCCUCUACGUCAGGGGUGAGACAGGCGGGAGGCGACAUCCUGAGACAGAGCAGCCUGCCGGCCAGAGAAGCUCUGUGUCAGUUGCAGGCCCUCUCUCAGGCCCCCUGCAGCCCCUCGCUGGCCCGUGCUCAGGCUCAGACGCUGACUCAGGCCCAGGCUCAGCUCCACCUGCAGCAGCUUCAGCAGCACCACCUGCAGUUGCAGUUCCAGCACCUGGCCCAGCUGGCGGCACAGGCUCAGGCUACAUCCGCUGGCAGCGCCAACCCAGGCACCCCGGGUACGCCAGACACAGCGGGCCCGACCUCCCAGAGGGACGGCAAGCUACUGGAGGUGAUUGAGAGAAAGCGAUGCCUGUGCAAGGAGAUCAAAGCCCACCGGCGGCCCGAUAAGAGCCUGUGUAAGCAGGACAGCAUGCCUAUAUUGCCCAGCUGGAGGAAAACGCCCGAGCCACGCAAGACUGGCACGCCUCCCUGCCAGAGACCGCAGGCCGUGGUGUGGGACACGGCUAUCUGACAGUGAAAGAAGGACGGAGAUGUGUAUAGAAUAUGUAUAGCUAAUAUACGUGUAUAGCUCCUAAUGCCAGCGUACUGGGUACGUUUACUUCAUUCUUACGGUUAUGAACACUAGCACCAUUCCAGUGUCACUGCUGUUCUGGUCCAUUGAUGUGUUUUGACAUCAUGCUCCUAAAUGCUUCACCCAUCAACUGACAAAGCUAAGUGAUUUAGCAUUAAAACACAGCGCAAAAAAUAGCACCAGCAAAAAAUGUGUGCGCUAAUUUAAUACAAGGGCUCAACAAAGGGUAAAUCAAUACUAAAUCAAUAAUUCGAUUGCUAGUAAUUGCCUAGUUUGUCCACUGAAGGUUGCAAUGCAGGAAGGGAGGUCACACCGGAGCACGUAGCAUGAUGAAGCUAAUGCCGAUUAGGUGACUAAUUUAUUAUUAUAUUGGAACUUAAGCAAAUUUCAUUCGAGUAGUAAUGGACGUGUACCCAGUACACUGGCAUCUGAGUCUAUAUACGUAUAGUAAAAUAAAAAAGUGCCAACUGCAGAAGAAAAACAAUGGAGGAAAAAAAGCAAUGCAAGAAGAUUAAGUUAAGCGGAAUGUAUGAAAAUGGAAAUCUGACGGGUGUAUUGUACAAUUGUAGAGCUUGUACUGUUUAUCAAAGUUUAAAGGUCGUUCAGGGGUGACAAGGUCACCCGACGUUUUAUGUGCCAUAUAAAGACAGUACAUAUAUUCACACGGGAGAGACACGUUUCGGUCGGAACUCUCUUUUACCUAUCGCCUCAUCGUGACUGCUAAAAACGACUACGUUUACAGCCUUUUAAAUACAAACUGGACAGACGUUUGGGGCUCUCUGUACACUCUCAUGGUCCCCAGCGGAGGUCGCAGGGUGAGAUGUUGCCCUUCGCAGCAAGGAACGAGGAAUAAUCAAGGAUCCAAAAAGGUCUGCGUGGUGGAAGAUGGACCUAGAAAUGAGGCAAAGCUCCUCUACAUUCCAGAUGUGUGUGUGUGUGUGUGUGUGUGUGUGUGUGUAGUGUGUAUGACUGGAAUGUAGAUCUCAAGGAUCGACCUGAAGCCGGAAAGUCAGAAUGUGAAGAUUUUGUAGAUGAGCACAGACGCCGAGACAGCAUACAUUGCCAAAAUUAAAAACACACACACACACAGAAAAAAAGGUGUAAAUUGAAUACACACACACACACACACACACACAUGGUCAAGAUAUAGAAUACAGACACAAACAGGUACACACACGAUAUAAAGAAUAGAGGAGUGUAGUGCUGGUGGUGUUUGUAUCCGAGUGCAUAUUUGCUCCGUUCCUCAAGAUGUCAAUAUUAUUGAUCGAGCGUGAAGGUGACCAGUCCAUGAUUGUAUUCCGCUGGUUUCUACUACCUAUCCGAAGCUACCGUUCACACACUUUCUAUGGCGUUGGUAGCAAUAUGCCCCUGGAGUCUGUUCACCCAGAGCAGGCUGUCAUAUAAUAAUAAAACACCAUCCUCUCAAUCCAGAUUGCAAAUCAUAGGUAAAGAGCUUUAGGACAUCAAACAUGCUUGGGUAAAGUGAUGUAGAAGCGGGUAAAGAACAACAUAAAAUCUAAAUUAAUACAAAUACAGCAUUUCCAAACCCACGCCAGAGGUUUACGCCAAGUGUUGUACCAGUUUGGGAGUCGGUAGUUCCGCCAAUUAUUUUCUUUCUCACGUUUACCAAGCCCGGGGCAACACAGAGACCGGAGGUUUAAGGCAUGUGGGCAUAUAUUUUACUGCUAUGAGAAAUUACUAAAAGAUCUAGCCAUACUGAAAGUCACAACCUGGUUUUAUUUUGCCCCGUUUGACGUUGGUCAUCAUAUAUCUCGGGUGAAGGAUUCCAGCUCUGAAGGCAAAGCAAAAGUCUUUGUAAAUGAAGCAGCCGCCGUUCUUGUUUUCCAUGUCUAGCAAUAGUGCUUGUGCCAUCGAUAACUGAAAGGAUCUUCUGGUCUGUGAGAAGAUGAAGGGGAAGUGGGUUGAAGCUCACUUUCCAGAUGUGUGCAAUUCCAGCUUUAAAAAACUGCCAUGUUCUCCAGCAAUUAAUUUACCAAGCCCUUCACCUCCUGCUGU